CCGGGGUGCAGGAGGGAGGCGGCAGGCCCGGGUCAGGGGCCUCGAGAUCGGGCUUGGGCCCAGAGCAUGUUCCAGAUCCCAGAGUUUGAGCCUAGUGAGCAGGAAGACUCCAGCUCUGCAGAGAGGGGCCUGGGCCCCAGCCCCGCGGGGGACAGGCCCUCAGACUCCGGCAAGCAUCAUCGCCAGGCCCCAGGCCUCCUGUGGGACGCCAGUCACCAGCAGGAGCAGCCAACCAGCAGCAGCCAUCAUGGAGGCGCUGGGGCUGUGGAGACCCGGAGUCGCCACAGCUCCUACCCCGCGGGGACGGAGGAGGACGAAGGGAUGGAGGAGGAGCCCAGCCCCUUUCGGGGCCGCUCGCGCUCCGCGCCCCCCAACCUCUGGGCAGCACAGCGUUAUGGCCGCGAGCUCCGGAGGAUGAGUGACGAGUUUGUGGACUCCUUUAAGGGACUUCCUCGCCCGAAGAGCGCGGGCACAGCGACGCAGAUGCGGCAAAGCUCCAGCUGGACGCGAGUCUUCCAGUCCUGGUGGGAUCGGAACUUGGGCAGGGGAAGCUCCGCACCCUCCCAGUGACCUUCGCUCCACGCCCGGAAACUCCACCCGCUCUCACUGUCCUGGUCGGCCAUCUUGGAUAUGGGCGGAAGUGCUUCCCUCAGGCCUUAUGCAAAAGAGGAUCCGUGCUGCCUCUUUCGGUGGGAGGGCUGACCCAGAUUCCCUUCCGGUGCAUGUGAAGCCGCAGAAGGCUUGGUCCCAUGGGAAGUUUUGGGUUUUCCGCCCAUAGCCGCCAGAAGUGGCUCGUGGCCCCGCCCUCCGGCUCCGGGCUACCUCCCCAAGUGCCUGCGCCAAGUCGUGAACCAGGCUUAACCGUUGCGUCACCCGGACCCGAGU